AUGUCGUCAAAUGCCCAACAAGUUGACCGGUUCUGCCAUCAGUACUUACAACUACAACCCGAUUUAGACUAUCCCGAGCCGGCGCUCUUGAAGACUUCUCGAGUUCAAGAUGAGUUUUAUGCGAGAUUAUUCGCAGAUGGUGCUGUUCGAUAUGGUCCCCCUCCACGUUUCCAGCUUCGAGUGCUGAAAGAACUCAUGGCACGGAUUGAAGCUAGCAUUGAUGACUGGGACGAGUAUGGAGUAUCUGACGACUUGAUGUGUGCCCUCUCUAUGUUUCUGGCAAACCCAUUGCCUUCAGAAGCAACAUCUGCCCAACAGAAGUCUUACGUCACUUACCAUCUCUCUGAACUUUGUGACGAUGAUUCCCCUGACCCAAAGGGUUGGGAGCCUCGUAUCACCCUCCUUGAGAACCACUCUCUCAUCUCAGGCUCGGGGACAACAGGUCUGCGCACAUGGGAAGCUGCCCUCCAUCUUGGGUCGUAUCUCUGCCAGAAUAGGCACAUUGUCAGAGGCAAACGAGUCCUGGAGCUAGGAGCCGGCACAGGAUAUCUUUCCAUUGUAUGCGCGAACUAUCUCGCUUCUCAGCAUGUCAUUGCAUCAGAUGGGUCCGACGAUGUGAUCAACAACCUACCCGAUAACCUCUUCCUCAAUGACCUUCAGGAUUCCACUCAGGUAACGCCGAUGGACGUCAAAUGGGGCCACGCCCUUAUGGGCACCGAAGAAGACAAAUGGAAUGGCGGACGGCCUAUUGAUGUCGUCCUUGGCGCCGACAUUACCUACGACAAGAGCGUGAUAGCAGCUCUGAUUGGAACUCUGAUCGAAGUAUUUGAACUUCAUCCACACGUGGAGGUCUACAUCUCGGCGACUCAACGCAACGAAAAGACCUUUCAGGCAUUUCUCGACCAAUGCCAAGCCAACGGUCUCGCCGUAGGGGUUUUGGAGUUUCCAAUUCCCAAGAAACAAGACCAACAGGGGCCAUUCUACAAUGACAAUGUCGCUAUCCACAUUUGCAAAGUCUCCAAAGCCUAA